UCACCCCUUGGCAUUUUGUCUCAUGUUCCAGUCCCACACUCAUUGUCUUUUUCCACUCUUCUCUUCAUUCUCUCCCCCACGUAGCAGAUCACACUCUGUUGAGUCAUCUCUGCCCCAUUUGCCCUGUGACGUGUUUGUCCCAGCUCUGACGGAUGCAGUCUCCGCACCCCACUCCUUUAUAACGGAAUCGCCUCUUUUAAUCCAAUAACCACACGCAAGCCCCCAAACCAGCAUAGGUUCAAUAGGAAGGGGAGAAGAAUGGAAACAGCAUCUGUGGCAGUGGGCUGGGUAGUGGGUUAAUCCAGGCCAAGGGCCUUCUGUUUUGCUGUUCCUCAUCACCUCCUGAAAGAAUUGCUUCUCCCUUGAGAGUGGAGCCCUAGGUAAUUCUCCCACUGAGAAUGGCUGAUGCUCUGACUGCCUCCAUAGCUGUAGUCUCACAGAACCAUUGGGAACGGGGUGAAAUAGAAGGGAAGGCACCAGUUCCCCAAAAGUGAGGAAAUUCAGCCUCUUAGGGAAAGGAAGAUGUCUGGCUUCCCUUCUGUGCUACACAGAACCCUGGAUGUGUACAGACUAGCCUGAAAUUCUCGUAGGACUGGAGCUCUUUGCAAUUGUGCCUGUCCCUUUAAAGAAAGGGAAAGCUGCUUCUCACACUCUGCCUCUGUGGGUGAACACAAGGUGCUGGGAUUGAGCUGCUUGAUGCCAGAUCAAGGGAAAGUAGAGGCAGAGCUCAGAGGAAGAAGGGAGAAGAGGAUAUCUGCUGGAAAAAGAGCUCUCAUGUUAAUGAAAUAGCAAUCCAGAGAAGUGUCAAGAGGCUUCAACAUGGCUUUUCAUGUGGCGGGACUGAUUGCUAUCAUUGUGUUCUACCUGGCUAUCCUCUUUGUUGGAAUAUGGGCUGCAUGGAAAACCAAAAACAGUGGUAGCGAUGGAGAUCGUAGGGAAGCUAUUAUAGUUGGCGGAAGAGAUAUUGGCUUGCUGGUUGGUGGAUUUACCAUGACGGCCACCUGGGUUGGAGGUGGUUACAUAAACGGGACAGCGGAGGCUGUGUAUGUACCAGGCUAUGGAAUGGCCUGGGCCCAGGCACCCAUCGGAUAUGCACUUAGCCUUGUCGUAGGUGGUUUGUUUUUUGCAAAGCCCAUGCGUUCCAAAGGCUAUGUGACAAUGCUGGACCCCUUUCAGCAAAUUUAUGGAAAACGAAUGGGAGGGCUUAUCUUCAUACCUGCCCUAAUGGGGGAAAUGUUCUGGGCUGCAGCCAUCUUUUCUGCAUUAGGUGCCACCAUAAGUGUGAUCAUUGAUGUCAAUAUCAAUAUAUCAGUUACUAUUUCUGCCCUAAUUGCAACUUUGUACACACUGGUGGGUGGACUUUACUCAGUAGCCUAUACUGAUGUGGUCCAACUGUUCUGCAUUUUCCUUGGACUGUGGAUCAGUGUUCCGUUUGCCAUGUCCCAUCCUGCAGUGACAGAUAUUGGAUACACAGCUGUACACACUGUCUAUCAAGAGCCUUGGCUUGGAAACAUUAAAAAACCUGACAUCUACAAGUGGAUUGACAAUUUCCUCUUAUUGACGUUAGGAGGAAUCCCAUGGCAAGCAUAUUUCCAGCGAGUUCUCUCUUCCUCUUCUGCUACAUACGCACAAGUGUUAUCCUUUCUGGCAGCUUUUGGAUGUCUUGUGAUGGCAGUGCCUGCUGUACUCAUUGGUGCCAUUGGCGCAUCAACAGAUUGGAACCAGACAGAGUAUGGUGAUUCAGACCCCAAAGACAACUAUGAAGCUGACAUGAUUUUACCCAUCGUCCUCCAGUACCUUUGCCCAGUGUAUAUCUCCUUCUUUGGCCUCGGGGCAGUGUCUGCUGCUGUCAUGUCAUCUGCCGACUCUUCCAUCUUAUCGGCGAGUUCCAUGUUUGCCCGGAACAUCUACCAGCUUUCUUUUCGGCAAAGUGCGUCAGACAAAGAAAUUGUCUGGGUCAUGCGAAUUACCAUUUUUGUGUUUGGAGCAGCAGCAACAGCGAUGGCCCUACUAGCUCAGUCGGUUUAUGGGCUCUGGUACCUCAGUUCUGACCUGGUUUACAUCAUCAUCUUCCCCCAGCUCUUGUGUGUCCUCUUCAUCAAAGGAACCAACACCUACGGCGCCAUUGCAGGGUAUCUGUUUGGUGUCAUACUACGAAUUACUGGAGGAGAACCGUAUUUGCACUUGCAACCCUUGAUUUUCUAUCCUGGUUGGGAUCAAGAACAGCAAAUUCAGAGAUUCCCUUUUAAAACAUUAGCCAUGCUUACCUCUUUCUUCACUAACAUUGGAGUAUCCUACCUGGCAAAAUACUUAUUUGAAAGCAGCACUUUGCCACCCAAAUUUGACUUCUUGGAUGCCGUUGUUGCGAAGCAUAGUAAAGAGAACAUGGACAAGGCCACUCUUGUGAAAAGUGACAAUAUUGUUUUAAACGAGUUGGCCCCUGUGAACCCUCGGCAUAGUUUGACUCUAAGCAGCACCUUCACAAACAAAGAGGCCUUCAGUGAUAUUGAUUCAAGUCCCGAUGUAUCCGCAGCAGAAGAUAAUUGACAACGGCCCAACGGAGGAGAGAGAUCGCUUUCACAUCCCCCACAAUGCAACAGGGUAUGCAACAAAGGGAGAUCAGAGGCGUUUUAGUUGAGGGAGAAAGAAUGGACAGGGAACAAACAAACAAAAACCACUGCACAAUCCUCUUCAGCUCAUUUCUAGGAAUAGUCUGUGGAAUAAAUUGUUAUGUUUUACGAUAAAAUGCGCUGGAAUAGGAUAAGUUGCUCUACUAGCAUUUGAAUGAAGCCAAGUAACUUAGUAUUUGGGAGGGGAAUGUUUGAAAAUAAAAAGAUUAAGUAACUUUUUUAUUUUAAAAUUACUGUUAUUCAGGUACCUGAAAGAAUCAACUAUAGCCAUAAUGAAUGUUCAGCAUCUGGUUCGGAGGAAGUGUAAUAAGCAAUCCCUACUACAGAUGAACAGAACCCCCAUGCAAUUCAUUUGUUGCUUGGUUGUACCAUUUCAGUGUGUAGGACAGUAUUGAAUGUUUCAAUUAAACUUGGAAAUGAACUGUGAAUUGGAAGGGCAAUUGGAGAGGCAUCACUCCAUUGAGUUUGGGUCCAUCUUAAAAGGUGGUUUAAUAAUAAUAAUACUAAUAAUUUUAUUAUUUGUACCCCACCCAUUUAUUCAGCACCUCAACUGCUAGGCUGUCCUCCCCUGCCAAUCCUCCAUCCCAAGCAAUAAAAACUUUAAUUUUGCAAAGAGAACAUGAGCAACCAACAUCAGGGAGGGUUCACUACAUAAGGGAGGAAACUUGUGGUGCCUCCUUCUAACUGAAACUGGUGCUAAGGAGUCUUGUUUCCCGCUGGGAAUUAGGGAGUUUGUCAUUUUCUCCCUUCAAAUUGAAUUGGGAGGCGGGGGACGAUGACUAAAAAUGCUAUGCAUCUCAGCCAGUAUUUGCUGAUCUUCAUGGGUUUCAAUUCGUGAAGCAGAGAAAACUACAAAUCCCAUGAUCCCCUGAGGAAAACUAUAUUUCUUGGCUGCUACUUCUAGCUAAAAGCACCCCUGACCAUGGGCCAUGAUGGCUGAGGAACGGGAAUACAGUGCAAGGCUUAGAUCUCCUCUUUCCCUAGCCCACUGAUAUUCCAUUUAGGAGAACAAAACUACAUGGAGAGAUCCAUUCACAGAUCUCUUACAUAGCACAUGAUUUGAUCCUGAGUAGAUCCGAUAAUGGGAUAAUGAACUGUGCUAAUUGUUUCGUUUCAAAAUUAAAUGAUGCAAAUUUCCAUCCAAAAGUAUUUCAUUUUU